AUGGCGGAGAACGAUAUUGUCAUCGACAAGGCGCUCUUCCACGAGCGCCUCAACAACCUCGUCACCAAAUGGAAGGCCGACAAGCGCUCCGGCGACCAGGUUUUCCAGGGCGCAAGCUCGAUCGCGACGCUGGUGGGUAAGGCGAGUGAGCCAGGCAUCUAUUUGAAGCCAGCAGCGUUCCAGCUAUGGCUGUUAGGCUACGAGUUCCCUGCGACGCUCUUCAUCCUCACCCCCGACCUCCUCCAGAUCGUCACAACCAAGAAGAAGGCUUCCUACCUAGAGCCGCUCAAGGGUGGCAAGGUGCCUGUUGAGAUUCUUGUGCGGGGCAAGGACGCCGAAGAGAACAAGAAGCAGUUCCAGACAUGUCUCGAGACGAUGAAGAAGGCCGGCAAGAAGGUUGCGGUGCUGAAAAAGGACAAUGCCAACAACGCCUUCGCAAACGAGUGGAAGGCUGCGUUCGACGAGGCUGGCUUCAAGGAGGAAGACCAGGUAGAUCUGGCUUCCAUCAUGUCCAACGCUGCCUUGUCUGUCAAGGACGAGAAAGAACUGCGAACUAUCCGCGAUGCCGCGCGAGCCUCGAGCGCCCUCAUGUCCAAUUACUUCGUCGAGGAGAUGUCCGAUAUCCUCGAUUCCGAGAAGAAGAUCUCCCAUCGCGCCCUAGCCGACAAGGUCUCCAACAAGAUCGACGAUGCCAAGUUCUUUGAGAAGCAGAAGCUCUCCAAGACUUUCGACUCGAUGCAAUUGGACUGGUGUCUCCAGCCUACAAUCCAGAGUGGUGGCUCGUACGACCUGAAGUUUGCUGCCGAACCUGACGAGAACAACUUGCACGCGGGCGUCAUCAUUUCGGUCCUCGGCCUGCGCUACCAGACAUAUGGUGCCAUGAUUGGUCGAACUUUCAUGGUUGGCCCCAACAAGGAGCAGGAGACCGCCUACAAGCUGCUUUUGGCGAUUCACGACUUGGUCAUCAAGUCGAUCAAGGAUGGCGUUGUGGCCAAGGAUGUUUACAACAAAGCCCUGGCACAUCUCAAGUCGAAGAAGCCCGAGUGGGAGAAGCACUUCCCCAAGAACGUUGGUUACGGUAUCGGUACUGAGAACAAGGACUCUUCUCUCCUCCUGAGCGGCAAAAACACUCGUGUCCUGAAAGACGGCAUGACUCUAGUCGUUCAGACUGGUUUACAAGACCUGGAGAACAGCAAACCACAGGACAAGAAAAGCAAGAACUACUCGCUCGUCUUGGUAGACACCGUCCGCGUCAGCUCGGCCGACUGCGCGGUCUUCACCAAGGACACCACUUCAGAUUUGGAUGCCGUCUCGUUCUUUUUCGACGACGAAGAGGAGGAAGCGAAGCCCAAAGUGAAGAAGGAGCGCCCCGCUAUUGCGCAGACGAACAUUACCAAGACCCGUACCCGACACGAGCGAACAACAAACCAGGAUGCUGAAAAGGAGGAGCAACGGAGACAACAUCAAAGAGAGUUGCACGCCAAGAAGCAGGAGCAGGGUCUUGCCGAGUACAGCGAAGGCGCAAAGUCUCUGAACGGUACUGAAGAGAAGAAGUUCAAGAAGUUCGAGUCGUACAAGCGCGACAACCAGUUCCCUAACUCGGUCGCCAACUUGGAGAUUGUCGUUGACAAGAAGAACCUCACCGUUCUUCUGCCAAUCAUGGGUCGACCUGUACCCUUCCACAUUCACACCAUCAAAAACGCGUCGCACACUCCCGAGGCAGACUUUACAUCCCUCCGUAUCAACUUCCUCUCGCCAGGUCAAGGUGUAGGCCGCAAAGAUGAUCAACCCUUCGAGGACCCUAACGCGCACUUCAUUCGUAGUUUGACUUUCAAGUCGCACGAUGUUGAUCGCAUCGACCAGAUCACUAAGGACAUCACAGAGCUGAAGAAGGAUGUCGUACGAAGGGAGACUGAGAAGAAGCAGAUGGAGGACGUCGUCGAGCAGGACAAGCUCAUCCCACUCAAGACCCGCAAGCCUCAUAUGCUCGACCUCAUCUUCAUCCGCCCGGCGCUCGACGGUAAGCGCAUCCCCGGCAGUGUCGAGAUUCACCAAAAUGGUCUACGAUACGUCCACGGCAACGGCACAGCCAAGAUCGAUGUCUUAUUCAGCAACAUGAAGCACCUGUUCUUCCAACCAUCACAACACGAACUCAUCGUCAUCAUCCACGUGCAUCUCAAGAACCCGAUCAUGCUCGGCAAGAAGAAGACCAAGGAUGUUCAGUUCGUUCGAGAAGCUACAGAGAUGCAGUUCGACGAGACGGGUAACCGCAAGCGCCGCCACAAGUUCGGUGACGAAGAAGAGUUUGAGCAAGAACAAGAGGAGCGAAGGCGCCGUGCAGCUCUCGACAAGGAGUUCAAAAACUUUGCCGAGAAGAUCGCCGACGCGGCGCGCAACGAGAACGUGAGCGUCGACAUCCCAUACCGCGAGCUUGGUUUCAACGGUGUCCCAUCGCGAUCUUCCGUUCUCGUGCAACCCACAACCGACUGCUUGGUCCAACUCACCGAGCCUCCAUUCACCUGUCUUACACUUUCUGAGAUUGAAAUCGUGCAUCUUGAACGUGUGCAGUUUGGUCUGAGGAACUUUGAUAUGGUGGUUGUAUUCAAGGACUAUAAUCGCCCUCCUGUUCACAUCAACACCAUCCCAGUGGAGUCCCUUGACCCCGUCAAGGACUGGCUCGAUUCAGUCGAUAUUCCCUUCACCGAGGGCCCACUCAACUUGAACUGGGCGACCAUCAUGAAGACCGUAACGAGUGAUCCGCAUCAGUUCUUCGCCGAUGGCGGUUGGUCGUUCUUGUCCAGCGAAACAGACGACGAGGGCGAUGGCGAGGAGGAAGAGGAAUCCGCAUUUGAGGUCUCGGAAUCUGAACUCGCCAUCUCGGAUGAGAGUUCUGAUGAGAGUGACUUUGACGAGAAUGCAUCCGAGGAGAUGAGCGACGAGGGCUCUGAAGAUGAGUUCUCGGAGGGUGAGAGCUGGGACGAGCUUGACAAAAAGGCGGCGAGGAAGGAUAAGGAGGCUGCUCAUGAUGACGACGAGGAUGAUGGCAAGGCUAAGAAGCGCAAACGUUAA